GUUUGUGAUGAUACCCCAUCAACCGCAUCCUAAGGGCUGAGGCCGUUGACCAAAGGAGUCCAGUGCUCCACCACUCCACGAGAGCUGCGGAUAAGAUAAACUUGUGGUCUUGUACGAUGAGCGGCCGCGAUGCCGCCUCCCCGGCGCCGGCCGACGCCUCCGCCAUAUGCGCUCAGAUCGCGGCCGUCUUCGCCGCGCCAUCCGCGCACCCCCCGGCGCGCGCCGUCCUAGUCUCUGAGCUCGCCGCCGCGUCCUCCCGGGGAGGCCGCGUGUUCGUGCACGGCGUCGGGCGCGAGGGCCUCAUGAUGCGCGCCCUCUGCAUGCGCCUGGCGCACCUCGGCCUCCCCGCGCACUGCGUCGGCGACGUCACGGCGCCGCCCGCCUUAUCGGGAGACCUCCUCGUCGCCUCCGCGGGACCGGGCGCGUUCUCCACCGUCGACGCCAUCUGCGGCGUGGCGCGAGGCGCCGGCACGCGCGUGGUGCUGCUCACCGCGAGGCCGGAGGGAGAUUUCCCUGGGCGCCAGGCCGACGUGGUGGCCCACCUCCCCGCGCAGACCAUGGCUGACGACGAGGAUGGCGCGGCGGCGCAGGCGAAGCUGCCGAUGGGGAGCCUGUACGAGGGGGCCAUGUUUGUGCUGUUCGAGAUGGUGGUGCUCGAGCUCGCGGGUGUUCUGGGCCAAAGCCCGGCCCAGAUGAGGGCCCGCCACACAAACUUGGAGUAGUCCGAUGCUACAGCUUUUAUAUUGAAAAAAAGUGACAGAAUGUGACCAACCGAUGCUUUUGAGUCUUCAUGAGUUUGUAUAAUAUAGUUGCUUUUAACUCUA